GUCACUGAGCCACUUUCCGGCGGGUGGCAGAGUCGAGUCAGGGUUGCGGGUGCUGUGGACGCGAUGGGUGCCACUGGCGACGCCGAGCAGCCGCGGGGACCCGGCGGGGCCGAGCGGGGCGGCCUUGAGCUGGGGGACGCGGGCGCAGCGGGGCAGCUGGUUCUUACGAACCCUUGGAACAUAAUGAUAAAACACCGGCAGGUGCAGCGGAGGGGCCGCCGCUCACAGAUGACGACAAGUUUCACAGAUCCUACCAUCUCCAUGGAUCUCCUCCGAGCUGUCCUGCAGCCUAGCAUCAAUGAAGAGAUCCAGACUGUCUUCAACAAGUACAUGAAGUUCUUCCAGAAGGCAGCACUGAAUGUGCGAGACAAUGUUGGAGAAGAGGUGGACGCAGAGCAGCUGAUCCAGGAGGCCUGUCGGAGCUGCCUAGAACAGGUGAGGCCAAAGAAGACAAGAGAUAUGGGCAAGAGGUUUGGUUUUCCAGCCUCUGCUAAGAAAUGUGACGUCUUCAGUG